AUGGAUGAGGAGAUCGAGGAGGUAAAGGAUGAAGGGAAUCUGGAGGUGCUCUUUAAUUCACUGGAUAAGAUCGUGGAGGAGGCAAAGAACCGGGAAGAGCCUGCGUGGCGGCCCAGCGGGAUCCCGGAAGAGGACGUUCGCAGCGCUAUGGUGCCGUACCUCCUUAAGCACAGGUCGUACUUGCAGAAAGUCCUAAAGGAGAAGGAGGAAGAGAACAGGAAGGUGGCAGAGUCUGUGCUUGCGGGGAGGGAUAGGAUUGCAGAGCUGCAGCAGCUGAUACAAGCUCGUAAACAUGCCUGGCAGGCAAUUGGUAAAGAGCAACGAGAACUCAUCACGACGUUCAAGGAGCCCCAGUGA